AACCCCGGUCAUUGGAGUAAUUAAGUACCGCUUCAGAGCGCUUUAAAUGUGUAAUAAAACAGCGCGAAGCACAGGGGUCUGUAGAUUCCCCGUGCUCAACCACUAGCUUUGAAUUAAACUACUUAGUUUGGCAAAUACUGUGCGAGCUUAAAUGCCCCUAUAAAGACUUUAUGAGUUUGUUACUUUAAUUGCCUACUUGUUACAGAGCACAUAAAGGGGGUAAUGAAUGUAAUAAAACUAAUUAUCUCCACAUUUAAAUAAUAUAAAAUAUCCACUGUUUGUUUACACAACAGUGAGAUUCCGCUCAGCGUUUCCGACGCUGCCCAUCGAGAGGAGAGAUUUAAUGAAAUACGACUAACGAAAUGAAAAUUACAUCAUCGGCAAGAAAACUCCGCGAAGACCCCCGGCGCUCCGCUGUCCCUCUCCGCUGGCGGCGGCAGCAGCGCGUAGCCUGCGCGGAUGCGUACCAGCCGUCGGCGAGAGAGGGUCGCCGCUCCCGCGACCGGCGGAGAAAAUCGCCGGACCCGCACUCAAUCCUCCUCAGCCAGCUCCGGAAUCUUGCAUGUCUCAAGUCGUGUUUGGAAACAGGUUCCCUGAAACCCCCCGACUCGACCGCAUAUUUUAAGUGUGGUUUGGUCUGGUACCUUCCCCCCCUCGCCAUCCCGCAGGAAGAAAAAGUAGGUGCAAAACUGAAUGUGCUUCAUAGCACACAUAUUCAACCCCCCCUCUCCAUGUACCCUUCUCGACGCUUUCUCCAUUCCAAUAUAAACGAUAAUAACAAUAACGACAAUUUAAUCCAAGCCUUACGUGUGAGCGAACAAAUAAAGCCCGGGACACCGAGCGCAACGAACGCAUCUGUUUAACAUCCAGAUGUUUUGCAUUCGCGGGCUUUAUUCGUUGCCUUGUGCUAAAAAAAAUCCCAACAACUACAGUGCCGGUCCAGAGAUCCUAGGAGAGAACACAAACAAACAACUAAACCCGGCACUCCAGCCUUCGAGGAGAAAUGUCAUUUAUAGUUUGCUGGGUUUUUUCCCCCGAACCAGGUGUAUGUUAAAGAAACACGCUCCUUCUUCCCAUUAAAUAAAAAAAAAAAAAAAAGAAAAAAAAAAGAAAAAGCAACCCACUGGCCCACUUACUCUAUUUUACAGGGUCCCUGAGUCUGCUAAUGUCCCAGUCCUUUAUAGCAUUUCAUGCACUUCGGGGGGUAGACUUGUUGUUAAAUUGAGCGUGUAACGCUCUUACAAAACAGGUUUCUCUAUGACAUCAAGGUUUCUCUCCCUAACCAAGCGCGCACACACAAUAAAAAAAAAAAAAAUCAUCGGAGGGGGGGUCGGGGGCGGUGGGGAACCACACUAUCUCAAUUUAUGCCUAAGGUAUAUGAUCAGUUAAAAAGGCUUAAAAGCAGGGGCAAAUUGGAUCAGGGAGAAUCGUCACCCAACUUUCAUUAUUUCCAAGUAGUGUGAUUGAAUUAAAGGGCAGGGAGCUGGUUAGAAGGGAGGAUCGAGGGGCUCGGUGCGUAAUGGUGUGGUAUUAAAUUCUAAUUAGAGAUGCAGGAAUCAGCGAUAGGGAGGUUGGACAGCUCGGUCCCCCAGUGCCAGCCCAAUAGACUGAUGAGUUAUUGUCAUGUAAAAAGCGCCAGCAAUAAGACCAACCGCUUUGCUAUUGUCCAAGUGGAAAGAGCCAAGUUUAUUAUGAGGACUAUAUGCUCUAGAGACCUCAGGCAAGGCAUCUCAUAGGAGGCUUUUUCAUAAAACUAGGCUCUGCUGGUAGUAAGGAGGCCACUCUCGAAGCAGGCGUUGAGCUGUGCACAUCUCCCCACCACAGGCACCUUCUCCAUAUAUCCAGCUUUUAUUUCAUUUUUUCCAUUUGGCUGAGCCAUCCAGAGCCUUUUCAAUGUAUAAAAUGGAAUAUUCUUACCUCAAUUCCUCUGCCUACGAGUCCUGUAUGGCUGGGAUGGACACUUCGAGCCUGGCUUCAGCUUAUGCUGACUUCAGUUCCUGCAGCCAAGCCAGUGGCUUUCAAUAUAACCCUAUAAGGACCACUUUUGGGGCCACGUCUGGCUGCCCAUCCCUCACUCCAGGAUCCUGCAGUCUCGGCUCUCUUAGGGACCACCAGAGCAGUCCAUACGCAGCAGUUCCUUACAAACUCUUCACCGACCACGGGGGUUUAAACGAGAAGAGGAAACAGAGGCGGAUCAGAACUACGUUCACCAGCGCCCAGCUCAAGGAACUGGAGAGGGUGUUUGCAGAGACUCAUUACCCUGAUAUAUACACCCGGGAGGAGCUGGCGCUCAAAAUAGACCUCACCGAGGCGAGAGUGCAGGUCUGGUUCCAGAACCGCCGCGCCAAGUUCCGCAAGCAGGAGCGGGCGGCAGCGGCGGCGGCAGCGGCCGCCAAGAACGGGGCGGCCGGCAAGAAGUCCGACGCCUCCCGAGACGACGAGAGCAAGGAGGCCAAGAGCACCGACCCCGACAGCACCGGCGGCCCCGGCCCUAACCCCAAUCCCGCGCCCAGCUGCGGCGGAGGCGGCGGCGGCGGACCCAGCCCUGCCGCCGGGCAGGGAGCGGCGGGGCCCGGCGGGCCAGGGGGGGAGCCGGGUAAGGGAGCGGCGGGGCCAGGCGGGCUGGCGGCGGCGGGGCCGGGGCAGGGCUGGGCGCCGGGGCCCGGGCCCAUCACCUCCAUCCCCGACUCGUUAGGCGGCCCGUUCGCCAGCGUCCUCUCCUCGCUGCAGCGGCCCGGCGGCACCAAAGGCAGCCUCGUCAAGAGCGGCAUGUUCUGAGCGGCAGCGGCGGCGGCCCCUCCCGCUCAUUAGUAUCCGCCGCCCGCCCAUAGUAAUGACCAGGGGCCCGGGCUGCGCCGGGCUCCUCGGGGCAGGGACCCUGCGCCCUGUGGGGGGCCGCGCCCGGCUCCCCUCGUCCCCAGCCCGGCGGCGGGGCCGGCCCCGCAGCGCCUCCGCUGGGGCGGGGAUUGGGGGGGGUGCGGCCGCGCAGGGGGCGCUGCGCGGGUGCGGAGGAGGCGGCAGGCCGCGGAGACUGUGCCUGCGGGCGGCCCGGCGGCUGGGGAGGGCGCCUUGCCCGCCCGUGGGGUGUUUUUUUUUAAGCUCCUUUUCACGGUCAGCCCGAGCGACAAAGUGUCUUCUCCAUCCCCCCACGACCGCCACCCCCCCGCUGUCCCCCGGCCCCGCGCCCGGGGACGUUUCUUACUCCUCCGUUCAGUGUCACUGUCCCUCGGUUGGGUCUUUCCGUUGCCGCCGCCGGCGCCCCGCCGGGCUCGGCCCUUGCAGGGCUCGCGUCCCUCACGGCGGACGGCUUGUAUUUAUUAUUAAUUAUUAUUAAUUAUUAUUAUUACACGGUUCACGCAGUUUUUAGGCAUCUCCGUUAGGGUUUUCUAAUUUUAUUUUAAAAGGCACAAACUAUAGCUCUUAGUUGAAUGUUGGCAGGUAUGCUUCCUCUUUUUCCGUGUCUUUCUACAACUGUGUUCUGUGACUCAACUGUAUAGUGUUAAUAUCAGUACAGACUUGUCUAGUUGACCGUAUAAAUAAUGUUUUCCCUUCUCGUAGUCUCUAUGGCGUGUCUUUAUGGAGAAAUAAGGUUCUCAUCGGUUCGGUUCCCUUUGCGUUUAGAGAGACCAGGUUCAGGCAAUUAUAUAUAUUUUUGUUAUCGGUUGCAUGUCGUCUCAUUUUUUUCCUUUUCCCUACCUGUUGGAAUAUGUUUGUGAGCAUAAUCGUCAUAAAUUAUGUUCAGGGUUUUCAGAUUUAUUUAUAUGUGGUUAAAAUGAAUGCUUCUAUUUAAAAGGGGAAAUAUUUCUACAUGUGCAUAUAGUUUUCCAAGAGUGUACCAUUAAUUGAUUGUUGAUAAUAAAAACCAAAAGCAAAUAUAGCACUGUAGCUCUUCUGACUUCUUGUCAGGGCUUUAUUUAGGGGGAGGGCUCGUGUUUUUUUUUUCUGACAAAGAUUGAAGGUGCACAUUGCAGA